AUGUCUUCGUCCAACAGCGGCAAGGUCAACUUCUCACAGGACGCGUCGCUCCCCGGCGAGCAUCUCGAGGGCCGCCAGACACAUCCCACAGGAGACUACACACCAGACCCAUCCAAGUCGCUGCCGCUUUCAGCUGCACGGCAGGCGCUUGUUGAUGAUAUUAUUGCUCUGUACGAGAUGAAGCCGACGGAGGACUGCGUGAAGCGGUACACGCCAGACUGCGUCUAUAACGACCAGUUCGUCCACGCAAACGACAGAUACAAGAUGGCCGGGCAGUGGUUUGCCCUACCGAAGCUGUUCAAGAGCGCCAAGAGCCACGGCUAUCAGGUGUCACCAACGACCGUGGAAUGGACUUUCAAGUUCAUCCCAAAGACUGCGGUUAUCAAUCCCCUUGUCAGUUUGUCUCUGGACCCGGCCAGUAUUGAUAGCGAUUUCAUUAGAGCCAAGUAUCAUAAAGACCAGGCCAACGACAAAGACUACCCCAACGACGGCCUUGGGGCAUCUUUCAAGAAGUUGCAGGCGGACAAUGUGGCAAGGUAUAUGGACAGCCCCGAGGUAGAGUCAUUCAAGGGAGAUCGCAAUGCUGGAAAGGAACAGAGGCUGCAGUAUGGUCGAGGCGAUGAAAAGGGUCAGACACCGGUGAAGGAUCUUUAA